AUGGGAAACAUAGUCCGAUAUCUAUCGGUGGCCAUGUCUGCCCCACGGUCGUCUGUGUUUACAUUCGAGUCCACCGCUCAUUCCUCCCAUGUGCUGAGCUCCCUGGACGAACAGCGGCGGCGGGACGUGCUGUGCGAUGUCACGGUAGUGGUGGAGGGCCAGAGUUUCAGAGCCCACCGCUCGGUGCUCGCUUCCUGUAGCGAGUACUUCGCGCAGAGGAUCUCCUCAUUCACACAACAUGGGGCGGUCGUCACUCUUCCCCAAGAGGUGACAGUCACUGGCUUUGAACCCUUGUUGAAGUUUGCCUACACGUCCAAACUACUCUUUGGAAAAGAGGACGUCCUAGAAAUCCGAAACUCGGCGGUCAUUCUUGGCUUCAAAGACCUAGAUGAGGGAUGCUUUGAGUUUCUGCUCCCCAAGUUCCUCUCCACCACCACCAAAGGUCCUCCUCCAUUCAAGAGAAAGACCUGUUGUAAAGAGAAGAGCAAGCGGCCGCCUUCAGAGGAAAACAGCAACACAGACUCUGACAGCGUAUUGUUGGAUGAAAAAGAAGUACAACCAGUUGCUGAGUCAUCAUGCCAGCGGGAAGUGGUUCAGGACUGUAACAAAUCAGUGAACAACAAAGUGGGAAGUCAGAAGAGCACAGACACAAGUGCACUAGUAGCUGAGGGAACAAAUGACAGUUUUAUGCAGUGUCCAAAGUAUCGCAAGUUCCAGCUAGCUUGCGGGAAGGACGCUUCUGUCACAGAGAAGAGCCUGGUCAAAACAACAGGGGUCAGGAAUGACUGUGUCAUCUCUGACUUGCCGUGUUCCAGCAGUGCAAACAGUAAGAAUGAAACUAAGACUGAAAUCUCUGGAAAUUCAGUCUUAAGUGGCUACAGACAGAAUAAAGGAGGGACUGAUGAGCCAUGGAAAAUUCAAAUAAAUGAUGGGAAGACAGAGAACUGCUUGGGCCGAGCGACAGCUCUUAUGGUUAAGAAGAACACAAAUGAAGGAGGGGGCAAAUGGAGCGAGAAAGUACGAGAGAAUGAUAUUGAAAUGGACGACGGGCUAGAGGGUGCAAGUGCAAUCGCCUCCUUGGAAAUAUCCAGUGUCCAGUCAGACUCCUCAGAGUCAAGCGCAGUGCUGACUGAGAGGUCAUCAGGGUUAAUGCUGCACCAUGGCCCUCAAAGGGCCUUGAAUGAGGGUCCUGUAAUCUGUAGACCACUGAGGCAGGAAAGGUUUUGUAUGGACAUUGAAGAAGUAAUAAGCCCUAUUGUACGAUGGCCAAUCUCCAGUCAAAACAAGGCAGAGGAUAAGAUAGAGGGAGAGGGGAAGAGGGUAGAUAAUGGCUUUCAAGAAGCAAGAAAAGAAGGAAGCAAAAAUGGAAGAGUAGCCUUGCCUGUAAAUAAUAUCACUGCGGAGAAGGAAAUGGCUGAGAGCCUGGCACGGCAGCUGGGAUCUGAUAUAGACCACUGUCAGCUCAACUUUCAUGACCCCAAGGGCGGAUGUCCCACCAAUAUAGGGGCCCAAUGCCCACAGAGCACAUCUUUAGAGUGGCCGAAGCAUAACACCCCCAAAACAAGCUGUCCCCUUUUCCAGGAUCUGGACCAAAGGAAAUAUUCAUGGAAAGGAGAAGGGCUGUCUGAGUGUGAGGGGGCAUCUCAGUCAGGUGUGUCCUCCUUUAACUCGGGGGAGGACGGCGACUCGGAGACAGAAACGGAAGGAGACAGCGAGUCCUCCGCAAUAGAGAGGGCCAGGCAGGUGCAGCUGCCAUUCUCUGUAGACUGGAUAGUGGAGCUGAGCCGAAACGACUUCCAGCAGCUGCUAAAGCAACAUGCCUUCACGCGUGAACAGCUGGACUUUGUCCAUGAUAUGAGACGACGCAGCAAAAACCGCCUCGCAGCUCAGCGAUGCCGCAAGAGAAAACUGGACUGCAUAUAUAAUCUGCAGUGUGAAAUCAACAAGCUGAAGACGGAGAGGGAGAAACUGAUGCUGGAGAAGAGCCAGUUGAGCCAGCUAAAGUUGAAAACGUGUCACAGUGUUUCUGCUUUAUGCCAGAGGGUCUGCAGUGAAGCAAAUCUACAGCCAGAGCAGCUGCAGGUGUUAGCCAAGUACACCUCCCCAGACUGCCCUCUGUCCUCUUUCUGUCCUCACACAGACACUCUUCUCUCACAGCAUGGGUUGCCACUCCAGCCAUAGGUGUCCUCUGUGGGUGUUGAACAGUAUAUGACAAAUGAGGAAGCUCCAUGAAGUUCCAGCAGGGACACAGUCACUGGACAACAUUGACUUUAGAUACAGAACAAGCACACUGAUGUGGCGAUACAGGGUGUCAGAGGACUGCGGCUCCUGAGGUUUUUUAUUUCAAACUGAUUUUGAAGCCUUACUGUAACCCUUCUCAUACAUUAUCUGAGGGCCUUUACUGUGUAUUGUGGCCUGUGUGCAAGCUCCAGUAUGAAGCAAUGGCUUUGCCAAGUACGAUUUUAAUUGUAAUCGAAAAAUUAAUUUGCAAAUAGAGGACCACAAUCAACUGCAUUUUUUAUUAACUACCCUUUGAUUUCCAAAUGUAUAUCGAGUGGGCGGGAAUGUGUUCCUUGUGUUUAAAAUCAUUUCGAUUGUCCACCGGUUAGAAGUCCUUCGAUGGCUGUAGCAGAUGGUUUUUUUUAACACUGUAAAUAGCUUACUAUAGUUGAAUGUCUGGGGAAGCAAAGCAACACAGUCAGGGAGACAUUUAUAGUUUUAACUGUAACCGAAUGGGGACAUACAUUUAUAACAUGCCUCACUGCCUGACUACCUCAGGAUGACGUGUACAUACUUUACAACACAGGUCUCAGGUGUGAACAAGACUAUUUGGCCAAAAUUACCUCUUGCCGAGGGUGUUGGUUCAGCCCUCUUACUCAGAGUUAAACACACAUCAGCAUUUUGCACCAAAACCACGCAACUCAACUAACAAAACAAAAAGGACUUGACAUAGUGUGGCAUGUUUACUUUUUGUCUGGCUCUCAGUUUUCUGGCUGUCAUUGUGGUUUUAUAUCAUCCGCAUUCCACAAUGACACAGCUCUUUUAAACUGCAAACGCCUCUCACAGUUUUACUGUAACUCAGUGAAACACACCUCAGGAAUUCUAGCUGAGUCUUUAGCUCCACUGCGUGAACAAAGCACGCCCGUCUGAGGUAAGGGUGGAAUUAAAAUGAUUGAACCAGCCUCCAUGUUUGUCUAACCUUUCACUAAAUGGAAAUAUUGUAAGUUAUCCACAGCCGAUAAAGUUAUCUUUAUCGUUCGUAUCUAAAUUAUUGGAAAAGAUCAAUAAGCACGCAAUAAAUAACGCAGUGAUAGAUUCAGAUGUACAAACUGUUUUAUGGUUGUCUUUUAGACUUUAUUCUAGCAACUGCACUUUUUUUCCCUCUAUUCAGCAUUCCGUUUAUUAAUCUGCUUUCUGUAGUGUUUAGCAUUUGUUGCUUUGCAGCUACUCUUCUGGUUUUUCUGUUCACUAUUUGCUGUUAUUAUAUGUUUGCAUUUAUGAAAUUGUUGUCACUCAUAAUAAUCACCUGAACGUAGCUGGACUUGAACUGAUUAGUGUAAAAUGUGAUUUGAACAAUAGUGUAAAUCAGAUAUGCUGAGUAACCACACUGUGUUUUCGAUGACAGUAAGCUUUGAGGGACGAUGACAAAACAAUCCUUUGCUUUCUCUUUCAAGCUGACUGCACACUGCACAAGAAAUGCGUGAUAACUUAGGUGCGUAUUGCCCUCUAGUGGCAGUAUGUGUGUUUAUGCAAUCAUUCCACUAAGUACAGACGAGUAGUUUGUACUACAUUGAGCUCUUCUAUUGAUUGUGUGUUUUUUAAGCCAUGUUCCAAAAGUACCGUUUCUUUCUAUGAACUUUUGCAAGUGCAUUCCCGAUUUUUCUUAUUUUUAGACCAUAUGUAAAAACAAACCAAAAAAAACCCCCAAUAUUAAACUGAAUAAAGAAGCAUAAAGUUUCCCAAACAGUAAAA